ACAGUCUUUGCCUGUAUACUCCGCUCUCUGACUUCUCCGCUCUCAUUCUCUAGAAAAUGGCGGACUGCGCUUCACUGUUAGAUGAGGAGCUCACUUCCUUUGUCUUCAAUUACCUGACAGAAAACUCCGGGAGCCAGUAUGGGGAGGAGGAGGUCUGCUCGGACCGCCUGGACGCCGACUUCCCUGACAUUGACCUCUCUCAGCUGGACGCCAGCGACUUUGACUCAGUCAACUGCCUCAGCGAGCUCCACUGGUGCAACGACCAAUCAGACAUCUCCGCUGCCUCCAUUCAGUACAGCACAGGAGACCCUGAGUUUUUUGAGAUAGAUGAGAAUGCGGCGCUGCUGGCUGCUCUCACAGACAGCCUGGACGGCAUGGUGGAGGACGAGGUGGGGGGGCUGUCUGUGUUUCCCUCGCUGGGGGAGGGGUCUGAGGAGGACCUUCCCUUCCCUUCAGGCUCCCUGAGUGACGGCUCCCUGAGCUCAGAGACAGAAGACCCGUCUCUACUGAAAAAGCUCCUGCUGUCCCCCCCUAACGUGCCCACGGGCCUGGAAUCACACAAAGAGGGCAGCAGCAACAGCGGGCAUCGCCAUUGCAGCAGGAGCCUGCAUCUGAAACCUGUCAGGCCUUUGGUUAAGCGUGAAAGCACACAGGAGCGUAAGCCCCGAGCGGUGCGACCAGCAGGACGUCUGUGCACAGAGCUCCACCGGCACCUGACCUCUGCACAGGAGGCGGAAGACACUCCUUCAGCCGACACAGAGGAUGAGGAGGACGAGGAGGAAGAUGAUGACGAUGAGGACAGUGAGUCCGAGGAGGAAGAAGAGGGGGACGAGUCCUCGGGCAGUGAGAGUGAACGCUCCACUCCCCUUGAGCCCACCAAGCCCCAGUUCUCCUCGGAGAAAGAACUCAAAUCUGUGGUGGAGCUCAUCAAGUAUAUGCACACAUACUGCCUGCCCAUGCGCAAGCAGGCUGGCUGGGAGCGCAAGGAGCGUGAAUGCCCAGGCCAGGUACGCAGGGCCAGGCCCGAGUGCCCCACGACCCUGAUCCACCCGAACUGUCACAAGGCUGCCCCCCAGGCCCAGAGCUGCGCCCCUCGGCCGCGCCUCGCCUUUACCCGCAGACGGGAGGUCAAAGCCAACUCUCUGCUGCGCGAACUGCUCAAAGCGGUCAACUGCUUUGACGUGAGCAAGCCUUACAGACUCCACAGCCCCCCCUACACCCAUAACAGAGAUGCUAUCACCAAGCCAGCGCAUGACAGAAAGACUGAGACCCCUAGCCCGACUGCCAGCUCAACCAAACCAGAGUUUAUGAAAGAGCGCGGCCUAGAGGUCCCUCUGAGCCCUGACCUGGAGGACGCCUCCUUCUCAGUCCGCCGCUCCCGCAGGCUCGCUUCUUUCCCCAGCCGCUUCGCCAAGAAGGUGCGUGCAGGCCGGGUGAGGGAGGAGCCUGCGUCCGGGGAGCGGCGCCCUGACGAGGAGGACAAGGCGGUCAAACAUCCCCCGGGAGACGACCCGGAGAAAGACUCCGCCGCCAAUAACAACAGUACUUCCCAAACCACGGCAGACGCAGCCGAACCCGAUAACCUCUGCUGUCAAAACGAGAAACGCGCCUGCCUCUGUCUGCCGCUGACUCCCAAAUCUACUGGAGACACACAGUAUGCCAACAGGCCCUUUGAGCAGACUCUCAGCGUGGACCUGUGUGGCACAGCAGGCCUCACCCCUCCCACCACCCCCCCUCACAAGCAAGUGGAGGACGAGCUGUUCAAGCCAGAGGGGAAAGGAGAAUCCACACCGAAGGGCUCGUGGCUGACCCGGGCCCACUCCCGCAAGCUCCCCGAGCAGACUGAACUCUACGCCCAGCUCCGCAAGAUGGGCCAGGCCAUCGAUGCAGAACCCAAAGUCCACAGGACGUUCGGAGACCACGACUACUGCCUGCUGAGUCUGGGGGAGAGCCGGAAGAGAACCGCCGCCAUGCUGGCCCACUCGCUGUUCGGACGCUCCUCUCCGGAGGGGGACAGGGCUGAGCGCAGGGUCCAAGGGGACAAGAGGCUGGAACAGCAGCGUGAAGACAGGCUCUUUUCCAAGGUGCCAGAGUACCUGAGUAACGGUAACAGGGCUGACAGAAAGGGGGACGCUUUAUCCCCCCACAACUCAGAUGAAGAGGGGGAACGCUCCUCCCGUUCACCCUCCCCCAUUCUCCACUCCAGCUGCUGCCAGCCCCACUCGCCUAGCAGCAAGCCCGACUUCAGCUGUGAGAACUCUGAGACGUGCCACGGAGACAAGCAGAGAAACAAAAUCUCCAAGUCUGUGCUUCAAAUUGACGAGGACAACUGCCAAGUGUUCUACAUACACAACCUGCCAAGCAGCGUCACACAAACGAUGCUGCGCAAACGCUUCGAGGCCUUUGGAGACCCGGAGGACUGCAAAGUCAUCACCAAACACGAGGAACGCUGUGGAGUCAUCAAGUUCCGUCCGGCACCCAGCGGGCAGCAGAUCCAGAGGCACAGACGAGAGCCACUUUUCCAGAACGGAGGGGGUGGCAUGCACAGGCUCAGCAGGAAGAGAUAUAUAGAUCUGGACGAAGCUGGACCAGGGCCGGUGAAGAGCAAGUAUGACGCCCUGGACUUUGACACCCUGCUGAAGGAGGCCCAGAAGAGCCUGCAUCGCUGACGGUGCCUCGACUGGGCCUCGCCUUAGAACCCUCAUACCAACCCCAGACUCGGCUCAGUACCUCAACCAAGGCACCUCGUCAUGUUUACAUUUUUAACAUUGGAAUAAGAAACGGGCCUUGUCUCUUUCAGCUGAGGAUACUACAGAGGAAGCUAGCGGGGGUUGUAGGAGAAAAAAAAAGCAACGAAACAACAUAUAAUGUAUCUGAACACAAAAAGCUGCUUCCUGUCUGUGUUCAUGACUUUGUUGUGACUCGUCGUGGUCCCGUUGAGAGCCGAUGGGCGUGUGGGCGGGCGAGACCUCUGUAGCAAACCUUGCUCCCUCCGUUGGUCGUUGUGGUGUGUGUGUCUGCGUGUGUGUGUCGUUUUUUUGUACCCCCUUGGUCACUACUGGUGGAACUGCAAGCUGUAUUCGCCAUUACGUUCGUACGGUAUAUAACAAAACCUGCUUAAUAUUAGCAAAAUUGUGGAUGUUCAAACUGUGUGUGUUAUGACAUAAAAUACAAAAACAAAAAAAUCCUUCGAACAGCUUAGAGUUUACAAAUCGAAAAUGAAAAGAGAAAAAAAAAUCUUGUUUUUUGUCAUUUUAGUGCUUCCUUGAUUUAAUCUAUGCACUCUAACGAGGUAAUCAUGUUUCCUCACUUGACUUCUUUCCCCUACUCUGCCACUCAACACUGCUAUGCUGUUGGCUGCUUUACUCUAUAGGUUACCUACCCACUGCUGCUAAGCUAGCCACUCUCACAACCUGGUUACGCUGAUCUAGGAUGGCAGUCACUUCCUAUCCUACCAAUUCCACAUAAAUGGGGCUAUGACAACUAACACUAUUAUGUCAUGAAGUUAACUUCGAGGCAUAUUUACCAUAUGAAAACUCACACACUCUCCAGAGCAGAAUCACAGUCUAUCCCAGCCAAUUCUCUGCGCUGUUUGUACUAUCUGAACAUGUCUGAUCUCAAUCAGUAAGCGCAACCCAGCCAAGGACAGAGCAGAGUCAGACAUUUACUCCAGGUUCUAGAAUAUAACGUAUACUAUAGUAAUGGAAUGUACACUUCACUGAUCUGAAUGUAGAGCCCUUACCCGAAUCCAAGUCUCUGGAGUUGGUCCUUUAAUAGAGCUGCAUUGCAGCCUGUCUCUUUGUGAUGCACCCAGCAGCAUAGCUGAAGGAGAGAGUGUCCAAGGCUCACCGCACCAUUCACACCAGAGAGAGGGAUGGUAAAUCAAAAGUCUGUUGAACUCUGUUGAAUUUUCCCAGAGAUCUGGAUGGUACCACAUCAGACAAGCGUCUCCACCUCAUUUAGAUCCUUCUUCUCGGGUGCUCUCUCCCCCUUUUUACUCUUGCUCUUCCUCCUCUGAAACACUCAUUUACUUCUCCCAAGCUAUCCUUUCUUAUUGGUGGAGGAGUUCAGCUUGCUUUUCCUACUAAAACUCCCAUAACUCGCCUCGUGGCUAAAAACUCAAAAAUAGUUUGCGUGUCAGUUUUUGGACCGUGUAUCCAAUGUGUACCUGGGUGUGUUGUCUGUCUGUCUCGUGUUCGAGUUGGCGCUGCCAUCGCUGGGGAUCCCAGAAGGACCUGUGGUCCUCUGUUGUGCUUGGAGACUGAAAACCAAUUUUCUUCUCUCCCGCUCUCUUUCUUGUUUUCUUCAAAGACCAGGUCCCCCAGCCCCUCAAUACUGUACAGCCUAGCUCUUCUGUGUGUGGGCAUGGGGCCUCGUGCUGCCCCAGCCGUGGCAAACCUCCUUCCUUUUUUUCUAACAGAUUAUCCCUGUCUCUCUCUCCCUCUUCCCCAUUUAUCUAAUCUUGUCCAUUUAUCUAAUCUUCUCUGUAACACACAUGAAAUUGAAUGUUUACAUCACUGAAUUCUCGUUCGACUUUAUUAGAGCGCACACUAAGUACAAAGACGCCUUAUUCAGUGUUAGAGUAUCCUAUCAGGAUGUGCCUUCGUGGCUUACCCUAGUAGGUUUACUAAAGGAAAAAAAAGGACAAAUAUUUAGUGCUAUACAUACUGAUAAAAAUCAAGCAAAAAAAACUUGCUAAUCAAAAGAGGAAAAGCUGAAUGACUAUUUGUGCUUAGUAUGUAUACUACUAAAAAGUGAGAGAAUGUGCUGGUUUACAUUUAAAAAAAAGAUAUAUAAUGUGUAUAUAGCACUAUACGUAGUGUAAACAUGAAAUGUAUCGUUGUGUCUAUACAGCGAUUUGUAGAUGUGCGUUAUAAAGGUGGUGGGACACCAUUGCAAAUCAGACUGGCAAGGAUAAACUGUUUAAAGAUGCAAGGUUAAACAAUACAGGGAGUAACUGAACUGAAGGAAAUUUAUUUUAAAAUGACUUGACACAAGUCAAACACUGUUGUAUAAAGUAUCCCUUUAGAUAUGCUAUAGAAAGUUUAAUUUCUUUUUAAAUGAUUUCAAUAUUUUUGACGAUUUUUUUCUUUUUUUUUACGCAAUUGAGAUGCAAUACAUAUAUCUAUGAGACAGCCUUUCUCAAAGAUUGGAAGUGGUUAUUUCAGUGGUUGGUUGUUAAAAUAAAUCCUUGAAAACUGAUCCUGUACUGUACGUUGUAGAACUGCUGUUAAAAAAAAGAGAUAUAUAAAAUGACAAAUAAUAAUAAUAAUGUGGUCAGUCAUGCCAUACAUUUAAAAAAAAUCAUGUAUAACAAUAAUACCAUUGCACAUAAAGCCCCAAAUAGUGAAAUAUCUGUUCACAACUUCCCAUGAAAGGAGCUCGGCUUAUUACGGACACAUGUUGGUAGACGGGUUGUUAAACUUGUUGAAAUUCAGUGGACACUUGUAUAAUGAUUGGCAACUUGUGAACACGUAUGACUAAGCUUUGGAGAGAGGGAAAGGAAACAGUCACUGCGCUUUUUAGCCCCUGUUGAAUUUUCAGACUACUUGAUGCCAGUGGAGUGCUUCCAUUGGUAGAGUUGAAUGACAACAAAACAAAUUCUCAUGUGGAGAGCCUUAAAAACAAUAGGGGGGAACUUAAGCUAUCACUAUAGCUUUUAAUAUUACCGUUUUAUCUCCUUUCAAAUCCAAUGUGUUUUAUUAUUAUUAUUAUUAUUAUUAUUAUUACAACUUUUUUCAAUACAGCCAUAUUAUAAAAGGUAUAUAAAUAUAUAUACAUAUGAAUAUAUAUUUGUGUGUUUGUGUAGAUAUUAAGAUGAUAUUAUAUACUUUCUUAUAGAAAACUUUGAUGUUGACCAUUUUCCUCGGUGUUUCAGAGCACUUCGGCACAUUUCAACACCUACUGUCAAUCUAGGAUUUGUUAGGUUGGGAGAUGAUCCAAAUUGAGCCCCUUCCAAAGGUAACCCUCGUCAGAACAGAAUGCAAUUCUUCCCAUUCUUCAUUUCAGAAAAUGGCAAGAAAUUAACUUGAGGCAAGUUGACCAAAACUAUAUUUGAUGUUGGCUUUAAAUCGAAUUCGGAGAGCCUUGUCAGAUUGAUUUUCUAACUGUCAUUAUCCAACUACAUAGUCCACACAAAUACAUAUUUAAGUUUUCCGAUUUUAUUUCAUUGGAAAAUGUCUCUUUAAACUCACCAUGUUAAUAAACUUGCCCUAUAGAAAGAAAGUGCAAUACUGGUCCUUGAAUCACCAUUGUUCACUGUACCCUAGAUGUAAAAUGGCCAUGUGUAUCAAAGAUUAUUUUGUAUCCCAACAGACAGAGCGCUUUCUGUCAACUCACAGAAAACAUCUGAUAACAUAAUGGUAAUGUGAUGUCAAUGGCCACUUUGGGGGCUGCAAACUGUCACAAUCUAGCUAGCUGUGAGCGGGUCUUUGGUGGAAGAAAAAUGGACAUAAAAGGGCAUACAUUGUUUGUUUUUCCUGUUUAGAUUUUUUCAUUGCUAUUGAUUUUUUUGUUGUUGUCUAUUUACAUCUAAUAACUAUCAAAAUUCAAAAUUAUUUCCUUUUUUUAAUGUAGUUUUGGUAAACGGUAAAUACUGCUAGUAAGAUUUUAUAUUUUUACAUCUGUUGGUUUAUUUUACUUUUAUUAUUUUUUAUUUAUACGCCACUUAGUUUGGAUGUCUUUUAAUGGUGUUUUUUUUCCCUGUUUUGUGUGAUUUUCAGAUGUCUUCAGAAUGUGGAGACAAAAUGCAUUUCAGUACUUUUGAAUUGUUAAAAUCUAGUUUCGUAGCUACAUUUAUCUAUAGACUGAAAUUAUCUGCUGUUAUAAAUUAUAUUUUAAUUCAUGUAAAUAGUUUCAAAAUGAAGACUAUGCUUCAUUUGAAACUGAAUACAUUUCUCUUCAGAGAUUGUUUACAUUAUUAAACUGUAGAAAUGUUCCUCAUAUACUGUAAAAAGUACAUAUUUUAUUGAUUUGCCUCCAAAAAAUAAAAUCCUAAUGAACAACA